AUGCCAUCGAAAGCUCCCCUCGUUCCAUUGCCAGAAGGGAGAGAGACGGUGGUCGUCAAAAUGAUUAACCCUGUCAACUUUGGCCCUGCUAUCCUUAAACGAUUUAUGGCACCUGAAGUUCCGGGGCUGGAAACAUUCAAGACGUCUCCUUCUCUCUGCUUUCUCGUGGAGCACCCUUCAGGCCGUAAGCUGGUAUGGGAUCUGGGGAUCAGGAAGGAUUACAACAACUAUGCGCCGUCCAUAACGGAUUACUUGCCAACCACGAAUUACGAUAUUCAGGUAAAGAAAAAUAUGGUGGAAAUUCUGGAAGAAAAUGGUGUUGCUGCGGACGAUGUCGAGGCAGUGAUUUGGAGCCACUGGCACUGGGACCAUAUUGGUGACCCAUCUUCUUUUCCGCAAACGACAGACCUGAUCGUUGGACCGGGAUUCAAGGCAGCAAUGCUUCCGGGAGCACCUGCAAACCCCAACUCUCCAAUACUUGAGAAGGAUUAUGCUGGCCGAAAUUUGAGAGAAAUCUCGUUUGAAGAAGGGCCUAAGACCAUUCGCAUCGGGCGGUUUCCGGCAUUCGACUACUUCGGAGACGGGUCGUUCUACUUGCUUGACAGCCCAGGCCAUGCCGUGGGCCAUCUUUGCGGACUAGCCCGGACAACUCAAGGCCCAGACACGUUCAUUCUCCUUGGAGGUGACGUCUGUCAUUACGCAGGAAUAUUCAGGCCAUCAAAGCAUUUGCCUGUUCCCGCGUCAAUUUCACCGCAUCCUUGCCGGCCGCACGGAGAUACCGCACUUUGUCCGGGAAGUGCAUGGGACGAGCUCCAGAAGUCUAGGGGCAGAGCAUCCACAGAUACGCUCUUCGAUGCAACCUUUGGUCUGGACCUGCCUAUGGUGGGAAGGACCGUAGAAUGUCUCCAAGAGUUGGAUUGUAACGAGAACAUCUUUGUCAUUAUAGCCCAUGACUCGACGGUGAGAGAUGGUGUGCCUCAUUUCCCCGGCAAGCUUAACGAUUGGAAAUCAAAAGGCUGGGGUGAGAAAGUUAAAUGGUCCUUCUUUCGCGACUUAGAGUCGUACUGGGACUCUGAAGGACUGCUGUAA